CUCUUUCUCUCUCGUUUCAUUUCAUAACAUUUUUGUUUGUCUGCCUGUCUGAUCUGUUCAAUCAAUAAUCGAAUUCGACUGCAAUAAUUUCCACGAAAAUGGCGAUCCUCUACUCAAGGAUCGUAUUGUAUCUCUUUGUCUUCCUUCUAUCGUCUUCUGUGUUUGCCUCUUCUUUCUCUCCUCCGGACGAGUACCUCGUCAACUGUGGUUCCGACGUUGACUCCACCGUCAUCGAUAACCGCCGCUUCGUCGGCGACGCAACCGUGGAUCUCUUCUCAUCUGAAGGUUCAAUCGCUCUCCGAGGAGAACAUCUAUCUCCGAACGUCCCACAGAUCUACAGAACCGCUAGAGUUUUUGCGCGACAGGGGAAAUACAAGUUCAAUGUCAACGAGGCAGGGACGCAUAUGGUACGUCUCCAUUUCAAUCGGCUCGAUUCCUCUAAAAUCGAGAUCGGUGACGCUCUGUUUCACGUUAUCGUUAAUGGUCAUGUCGUGCUUAGGAAUUUUAGCGGCGAUGACUCGUCGUCUAAUUUUGAAUCUAGGGUUAGAGAAUUCUUGAUUUGGGUCGAUGUUGGAGAGCUUGUUAUCAGGUUCGUUCCUAGUCAAGAUUCUAAAUUUGCCUUCGUUAAUGCCAUCGAAGUCAUAUCUGCGCCUAAGGAUUUGAUUGCUGACGUUGCAACCUCUGUAUCCCGUGACGGAACUGACAAGUUCAAUGGUUUAGCUAAACAAGCUAUGGAAGUUGUGUACAGAAUCAAUGUUGGUGGUAGAAAAGUUACUCCUUUUAAUGACACGUUGUGGAGGACUUGGCUUCCUGAUGAUGACUUCUUCAAAACCGGUGAUGGGUCUUCUGAGAAAACUUACUUCACCGGUAGGAUUAAGUAUAGGUCCGGAGGGGCUAGCCGAGAAGUUGGACCUGAUAACGUCUACAACACUGCCCGUGUGAGUAAAAGAAGCAGAGGGUUGGUUGAUAUGAGCUGGGAUUUCCCAGUGACUGCGGGUUACAAGUAUCUCAUUCGGAUGCAUUUCUGUGACAUAGCUAGCAAAUCACUCGGCAGGCUAUAUUUCAAUGUUUACAUUAACGGGAACUUGGCGUACCAAGAUUUUGAUCUCUCAUACGCUGCGGAUAAUGUCCUUGCUUCUCCGUAUUACAUUGAUUUCGUCGUCGAUCCUACUGCUGAUUACAACAACAACAACAACAACAGCCCUUCAGGAUCGCCGAUUACCGUAAGUGUUGGACCAUCAAACAAGACUAGUGUUGAUGAAGGCGGAGUUGAUGCGAUAUUAAACGGUGUUGAGAUCAUGAAGAUGAGUAACUCAAUGGGUAGUCUUGCUGGGUAUGUUUCAGCAGAGACAAUUCUGAGUAGUUGCCCGAAUAGAAGAAACCUGAGCAUAUUUAUCGCAAUGUUGGCGUUUAUGUGUAUAUUUAUGAGCUUCUACAUUGUGGCUCAAAGGAAGAAAGCUAGGGAUAACUAUGGCUGGACAAAGCUGUCCUUGGACGUCCUUGAAGAUCAUCCCAAAUCCGGGAAUCAAUUUAUAGCAAGAAAGGCUUGAUGAUGCUUUUGCUUGUUUGGAUAUAUUAACAAUGGACACUUUUCCUUUUGAGUUUUUGUUUUCUACUUUUAUACGAUUGAAUAAUCUUCUUUUUUUUCUUAGUUAGGUUUGUAAUGUUUAACAGUGGUGUUGAAUGUGUUGUUUAUACAUACGUAUGUAACUGGUGUAUUUAUUCAAUGAUAUAUGGAGAGACUCUAUGUAAUCUUCGAAAUGGAUUUGGAUUUUUUCUUUUAUGUUCA